GCGGUGGGCGGGGCAGGGCGGGGGCACCGCGCGCGCGGCGGGCGGUUCGAGCUGUGGGCGCUCCCCGAGCCUCCCCUGAGCCUCCCCUGAGUCUCCUUUCACUCCUCCCUCGGCCUUCCCGCCGCCUCCGCCCCUUACCCUCCCCAAGCCUCCUCUCAGCCCUCCCUUAGCGUCCCCUCCGCCUUCCCGCCCCAUUCCCUCAGCCCUCCCCGAGGCUCCCUUCAGCUUUCCCGCCAUUUCCCGCCUCGCUCCCCUCCCCUGGAGCCGCCGCUGCGGCAGAGCAGAGCGCUGGGGUGAGUACGGGGCUGUGCUGCGGGCUCGGGCUCGCUCUGGCGGGACGGGUUCAGCCCCCGCUCCCCUCCGGCCUCUCCUCCCGGCCGGGGUCGCCGUGUGGCCGGAGGCAGCGGCUGCCCCGGGGCGGGGCGUGGCCCUUGAGGGGCCCGUGCGGGUUCGGGCAUGGCGAGUGCUCCCUCAGAACUGCGGAGUUGUUGUUUGUGGUGUUGGGUGGCAGUGGCAGUGACAGUGCCGUGGUGGCCCAUUAUUUCACAGAAUCAGUAAGGUUGGAAGGGACUUUUGGAGACCAUCGAGUCCAACCCCCUGCAGGGUCACCUGGAGCAGGUUACCCAGGAACGCGUCCAGGUUGUUUUGGAAUGUCUCUAGAGACGGAGAUUUCACCUCUCUGGGCAGCCUGUUCCAGUGCCCGCCACCCUCAACGUGAAGUUCUUCCUCAUGCUAAAGUCAAACUUGUGUUUUAGUUUAUGGCCAUUACUCCUUAUCAGUGCGCACCACUUAAAAGAGUGUGCCAGCAUCCGCUUGGCACCCAUGUUUAUAUAUUUUUAGGAAUAUUAAAAUGUCCCUUUUAAGCACGGAGGGCAGAGGACGCUCGGGGCGCUGCCCUGUGACAAGAAACUCUCACAAUAUUCUGUGUCACCUGCAGUCUCUGGGCGAAGUCAGACACAUGGGGAACAUUGGAGGAAUGGCAUUACUUGUUCAGCGCUCCGGAGCGGGGUUCUCUGGUGACGUGUAUGUUUUGGAAACAAAUUAAGUAAUAUCAAACUAGAAAAACAUCCCUUAGUAUUACCAGAGUAUUGUAGACCAGGCCUCCUGACUGUUGAUCCCAUAUCCUUUGCUUCUGUCUGUGCUUUACAAUCCCAAAGCUGAUUGUUUGUCUGCUGGGGAACAGAAAAGCAGCAAACUGCCUUUUCUUGUAAGUUGUGACCAUUUACACAAGAGUAUUUUUACACUGGUCUUAAUUUUAUUUUUUUAUUAUUGAUAAAAUAACCUGCAGUUUUAUGUUGAGGUAUUUAUAUGUUAAAGUAUUUCUUGUUCCGUUUUCAGAGGAAACUUUAAAACAAAGGUUUAGAAGACCAGAUUCUGCUUGCUGUUGAGGUAAAAAACCCUUAUAGUCAAGAUCUUGAAGUGCAGUGUAAUGUCACUGUAGUUUUGUUUUUAGAACAAACUGAAAACCCUGAUCAUUUUGAAAGAUUUGAAAUAAUUGUGGGUGGCUUUUUAAAUGAAUGUGCAGAAAAAUGUGUAAGUAAAAUCAGAUUUGCAGGCCAAUUAAUUCCUUAGUAUUAACACCUGUUGCUUUUAAAUUAAUAAUGCUGUAUAAUAAGCUUAUAUGAAUUAAGGAAAAACAUAAGUGCUUGCAAUGGUCUGGGCUGUAAUUGAUACAAAAAUAUGCCCUGAUUUGAUCAACAAAAUAUAUAAAGAUAUCUGAAGUUAAAAUAGGUUUCUAGUCUUUGAAUAGCCACUUUAAUCCAAAACAGCGUUCAGGGUUUGGGGUUUGGUUUUUUUUUUGUGAUCUGACACUUCCUUUUUCCUAUACAGACUCUUUAUUAAAAUACUGAUUAUUCAUUUUAAAUGGCAAAAAAAUAAAGCUGGAAUAAUACCCCAGAUUUUUUCAUGUGUUUGGAUCUUUUCUGAUGACAAAAAUAUUGCCAUCAUGAGCUGUGGAAAGGAUUUUGUGGAAACUCUUAAAAAAAUUGGAUAUCCAAAGGCUGAUGAGCUUAAUGGAGAAGAUUUUGACUGGAUGUUUGAGUCUUUGGAAGACAAAUCAUUUUUGGAGUGGUUUUGUGGAAACAUAAAUGAGAAGAAUGUGGUAUCUGAAGAAGAACUGCAGGAUUUUCAUAAUCUUCUCCGAGAUAAGCCUGUUUUGGAAGGAAAUGCACUGGAUGAAGUCCUUAAAACCUUGGAGCCCAUGGGUUCAACGAACAGUAGCCAGGAGGAGGACAGGGAAGAAGAGGAAGUGAAGAAAUUAGAGGAUGAGCUUCAGACUCUUCAGAAGUUAAAAAACCUUCAGAUUCAUCGGCUUAAUAAGCUUCAACUGAUGGUUACUACAAACAGCCAUGUGUUACAAACAUUCCAAAGCAGAGAAGAAGAAGCAUGUAGGAAUUGGAAAGAAGGACUGGAAAUGUUUACUGCAGCAAAUAAGAAGCUUGACAAUGAGCUGCAGUCUCUUAUAGCUGCAGUGAAAAAAUUUGCCUCUUUCUUCACUGCUUCAGAUUCAGAGCAAGGGUCGGAUACACAUCCAGUGUUUUUUUCCAAACUUUCUUUGGACAAAUAUUUGUCUGUGGAAGAAGAAAGCACUACAGCACUUGCAUCACACAUAAAGUAUUUUUAUAAAGGUGCAUCUGGAAGCGCUGAAAAUUCAGAUGAAUGCACCUUUCAACUUGAAGAUUUCAUCAAGCAAGUCCCUUUUGAUGAGGCUGAUGAAGUCUGUGAAGAGUGGAAAGAGAUAGCCAGGCUCCAGGCAGCAUAUAUUUGUGGUCAGAACCAGAGAAUUCAGCUGCAAGCUCAAGUGGAGGGCAUGAAUUCAGUUCUCAAGUGUGCAGAGAGCCUGCUGCAGUCCUCGGACAAGGAUAUUGGACAACAGGAAAAUGUUGAUGCUCAAAUAUCUAGUUUAAGUGCUGAAAUUUCAGCAGUUAAACAAGAUAUAGCUCAGAUAAAUAAUGAAGAGCUGUUUCCCCUUCUUAAGAAGAAUGCACAACUUCUGACUACACCAGUGGUGAAAGAAUACUUGGAUCACCAAAUUGCUCGGCAGGACUCUUAUGCUGCAAUUCAAGAUAAAGUAGGCAGGCAUUUGAUAAGACAGAAAACAUCAUUUGAACUUAUUCAGCUGGGCUGUGAAAUGGAGAUGAAGAAACACCAGGAGAUCAGCUGCCAGAUUGAGAAUUUGGUAGAAUCUCUGAAACAAAGCACGGAUGAGUUGCAGCAGAGACUACAGGUGAUAGCUGAACGAACUGAACAGGCAAAGCCAAGGAGCACUAUUAGUUCAGAGGAUGGUUUAUCUUGCAGGCUGUAUCAGCUCCUGGAAGGAGGAAGUAAAAAACAACAAUUGUUUAAAACGUACAAAAGUCUGGAACAGAUGGCUCAGAAGUUAAAGCAGGACUGUGCUGCAGUACAAGAUCAGCUGGCAGCAUCUGCUCAAGAGCAGUCUCUCCUUUUGGCCAACCUAGAAAGGGAUAUGGAUGCCCUUCAUGGUGCUCUCUACUGUGGCACAAAUCAGAUACAGCUCCGGAGUCCGGAACUUACUGAGCAGUUUCACCAACUGGAAGUGGAUUUAGAUGAACUAAAUAAUCUCCUUAAGGAUCUGGUUGCUGAUCUGAAGUUGAAGAGAAGCUCUUUAGAGUCCAAUAGACUGCUUCAGAUGGAAAGAGACUUGUAUGUGUAUUUUUUCAAAGAUGAAGAGCACUUGAAAGAGAUGGUGGAGAAGCUUGAGCAGCAGUCUCAGGCUAAAGCCAGUGGUCUGGAAGACAAGAAUUUCACAACCAGUGGAGUUAUUAAUGUCUAAACUGCAGUAAUGUACUCUUAAGAAAGGAAAAUGUUAAUGUAAACUGUCUGUGAGUUUAUGGAAUAAUAAGCAUUAGGUUGUCAAGGCUGACACUUACCUGUCACUGCAGUGAAUCUUAAGUGCCACUGUUACCAGCUGAGAUUGUGCUGCUUUAUGGCUUCUGCCCACUGAAUUCAAUCUCAGUUUUGUCAGAACUCUUGGAUAUGAAGUAACUGUCAGUUAUUUCAAGAAGUACUUUCAGACUGCUCUUCUGCUGGCCUGUGUGUUCAUUUCUGCUGCACACAGCAUUCCAUCAAUAGGAAUGUGUCAUACCCUCGAGUUAAAUAUUUUUGCAUGCUAAGAACUUUUGACUGAACUUCAAAAUAAAUGUGGAGAAGACAUUCCCGAUUUUGAAGCAAGAAUGUAAUGUAUUCAUAGUGAAGAGAAGAGCUCUCAAAGGCAGCAGAUAUUCUAUGAUUGUUUCCCUUACAGUUGUUCUUGGAAGACUUGGUUUUGUUAGAAAUGUGUUGGAGUAGCAGAAUUUAACUACCAAGACCAUCUUUUUUAAGACCAUUCCAGUAUCUUAGUUAACUUAUGGCCUAUCUUCUCCAUUGAAACCAGUCCAUACUUACACUGGGCUUGUCAAUGAACAAGAAUUUUAAAUUUAUCUUUUGUACUUCUGAGUUUGCCUUAUAAUUUAUAAUGAUAGGCAUUUCAAUUCAGAGUGCUGAUGUUUUCAUACUUGUGCUUUCAUGUGCAUUGUUAGCCUGUUUAUCAAAUUUUUAUAUAGCCUCCUAAUAUACCAAUGGAACUAAAUGGGCUUUUAUGGUAUGAUAACUUCCAGUCUUUUAUAUUUCAAUGGGAUCAGCUGUGCUUGUUUUCAAGCACUGUACAUAUUGAUGAAGGUUAGUAUAUUAGUUUAAAUUCAGUAACAGUAGUCUUAAAACUAUUUUGAUGGCAGGCUUUUAACUUCUAUGUCAUUAUAACUUAUUUUAAAAUGUGCAAUUUUUUUAGCUUACUGGCUGGGUGUCUUUAUGUCUGGAUUUCAUGCUGUUUAACUCUAUACUUUGUGUUUAUUAUUAAAUGCCAAACUCCAUCUA